AUUUAAAGACAGGAGGAGGAGGACACGGGGAUGAGAGGCGAUAGAGGUGGGGGCUUUAUUCACCUUUUGACCUGACAAACACGAACUCGCGUGUUGCAACAUGACGGACACCAACAGCAGCUUCACUCACGCCAAUGGAUCCUCACAGCAUGCAGACACACAAUUGUUCUCCUCAGAGGAGGACAGCAGUCUCUACUUCACAUACUCUGGUGACUGCAACCAGCUGGAGGUCAACAACCUGCAUUACGAGGUGGACACGGCGGCGCAGAUUCCGUGGUACGAGAGGCUGUCCGAGUUCAAGUUGCCGUGGGAGAUUAAAGGAGACAAGCAGACGGCCAUCAACAGUCUCAGCCUGCGUGUUCGCAGUGGACAGAUGCUGGCAGUUAUUGGAAGUUCCGGCUGCGGUAAAACAUCUCUGCUGGACAUCAUCACGUGUCGAGACGAGGGCGGCGCCGUGACCUCUGGCCAGAUUCUGAUCAACGGUCGACCCAACACGGCCCAGCUGGUGAAGAAGAGCAUCGCUCACGUGCGGCAGGACGACCGCCUUCUUCCUCACCUCACCGUGCGAGAGACCCUCACCUUUGUAGCCAAACUGCGGCUUCCUACAUACUUCACGCAGGCCCAGCGGGACCAGAGGGUGGACGACGUCAUCGCAGAGCUGCGACUGAGACAGUGCGCCCACACCAGGGUGGGUAACGAUUAUGUGAGGGGGGUCUCCGGAGGGGAGCGGAGGCGGGUCAGCAUCGCGGUGCAACUCCUCUGGAACCCAGGCAUUUUAAUUCUGGACGAGCCCACGUCGGGUCUGGACAGCUUCACGGCCCACAACCUGGUGAUCACGCUGUCCCGCCUGGCUCGGGGAAACCGCCUGGUGCUGCUGUCCGUCCACCAGCCUCGCUCCGACAUCUUCCAGCUCUUCGACCUGGUCGUCCUGCUCUCGUCGGGGUCGGCUGUGUACUGUGGCGCCGCGCGGGACAUGGUGCCGUACUUCACGGUGCUGGGGUACCCGUGCCCACGAUACUGCAACCCGUCUGAUUUCUACGUGGACCUGAUCAGCAUAGACCGCCGUAGUCCAGAACAGGAGGCCGAGUGUUUGGAACGGGUCAGAGUGUUGGCCGAGCGGUUCAUGGAGAAGGUUCGAGACACGGACGACCACAUGUGGAAGAGCAGCACGUGUGCGACACGCACUGACAGUUCUCCGCAGCCCGACAAGGCGGCUGAAGAAGAAGAACAAACCAUCAUCAUCUCCAAGAAAAGAGACCAUCUACCCGGCAGACUCCACCAGUUCACCAUCCUCAUCAGACGUCACAUGUACAACGACUACAGAGACCUGGUCACCCUGCUGGUCCACGGCCUGGAGUCCCUGCUCAUGUCUCUGCUGGUGGGCUGCCUCUACUACGGCGCCGGGGAGCAGCGUCUGUCCAUUCAGGACACGGUGGCCCUCCUCUACAUGAUCGGAGCGCUCACACCCUUCGCUGUGGUGCUGGACGUCAUAGCCAAAUGUCACACGGAGAGAGCCAUGCUGUACCAUGAGCUGGAGGACGGCAUGUACUCCGUCACCUCCUACUUCUUCGCUAAGGUGCUGGGUGAGUUACCAGAACACUGCGUCUUCACCUUGGUCUACGGCCUGCCCAUCUACUGGCUGGCUGGCCUGAACGAGGCGCCAGACCGCUUCCUGCUCAACCUCCUGCUGGUGUGGCUGAUGGUCUACUGCAGCCGCUCCAUGGCGCUCUUCGUGGCCGCCGCCCUGCCCACCCUGCAGACCUCCGCCUUCAUGGGCAACUCCCUCUUCACCGUCUUCUACCUGACCGGAGGCUUCGUCAUCAGCCUGGAGAACAUGUGGCUGGUCGCUUCCUGGCUGUCUCACGCCUCCUUCAUGAGGUGGGGCUUCGAGGGGCUGCUGAAGGUGCAGUUCAGGGGGAACAAAUAUCCCGUCGCCAUCGGGAACUUCACCUUUAACGUGGAUGGAAUAUACGUGGUGGAGGCCAUGAGCAUGAACCAGUACCCUCUGUACUCGUGCUACCUGGUCCUGCUGGCCGUCUGUCUGGUCUUCAUGGCGCUCUACUACGUCUCCUUGAAAUUCAUCAAGCAGAAGUCCAGUCAAGACUGGUGACCCCCCCCUUGCCUCCCAGUCUGGACCGGUGACAGCCAGCAUCGCACGCACAUUUAACAAAAAGUUGGGUUCAAAGUUCGACCGGUUUCGACGCCGAACCAUCAAACUUUAUAUAAAGAUAAUUUUACUACAGAUUUUUAGAAUCUUUAGGUAUUCAUAGAAAGUAUGAUGCUACAAAAUGAGCACGUUUCAGCGGUGGUUGCAGUACCACAGUCCGCGGCUGGAUGGCAGCAGAGGACCACAGUAUUAUUAUGGAGCUGAAGCGCGAUGAGAGCGCCACUUUGGCAGAUAUCCAUCAGUAGAUUUCACUUCAAUCUUCUUGUUUUUGUAUAUGUAAGGUUAUUAGGCUUAACAGCGGUGAAGCCUUGUGGAAGAUUUACAAUGUCAUCGCACUCAAAACAUGUAGAAAAAGAUUGUACUCCAAUGUAACAAUCAAUUGUUUUUUUUGCAGUGGUGCAAAACCUGAUGAAUGUAUUUGUGGUUUAAAAGUACAAAUGAGUAAAACGUUCAAAUUAAAUUGUGCUGUUUGUAUUUGCAAC